CACUGACUUCUGAAAACUAGUUUAAAGUCUCAGAUGUAGCAACAGUUCACAGUAAUCUAUUUUAAUGUGAACACAGUAGCAGAAAACAGCCAGUAUAUCGUUGUGCUAGGAAAAGACUUGAAUUUAUUCACUAGUAGGGCAUUAGUAGUACAAACUCCUCCUGCGGGUCCUCGUUCUGCUCAGAGCAUUAGAGUUUUCAGUUACAGCUCAGUGAAUGUGUUUUUAACAUCUCCAGCAGUUCUGUGAAGUAUGGAGUACGCAAAAACCUUAGUUUCAACAUCUCUAAUGAGGUCUGUGUCGUCGGUUCAGACGUCUCUUGCCCAGCAAAUGCUGCCCCCUCCUCAGCCCCGUCCGUACAAGGUCUGCACGCAGAACCGCCGCAGGAGGAAAGGCUUCACCGCCACUUCUCUAGCAGACCUCAUGGAGCAGGUGGCCAGUUCUUUCUUGAUAACGUGUCAGUUCCUCACACUGGUGCUGGAGGAUGAUGGGACAGUGGUGGACUCAGAGUCUUUUUUUCAGUCUCUGCCUAUUAAUACUCCAUUCAUGGUCCUGGAAAAACAGGAAGCUUGGACCCCCGUUAAACUGGUUCUGCCAAGUUUCAGACAGCCAAGAAGAAGCGGAAUUGCCAAACUGAGCUUUGACCUGUACAGAAUGAACCCAAAGGAUUUUCUGGGCUGCCUCACCGUUAAAGCCACGCUCUAUGAAACAUACACACUCUCAUAUGACAUCAAGUGCACCAGAGCCAAGUACUUUCUCAAGUCUUUAUUGUGGUGUUUCAUGUACAUGGCCAAACUGGCGGGUCAGGUUCUCCUGUGUGGCUCUGCGUAUGUGUUGCGGUAUAUUAGGGAUGAGGAAUCCUCCGGCUAAACGUCAUGUCAGCUGGUGACAGAUCAAAAUAGUGGGAAGAAAUCAAUACUGCACUCAUGUUUAGUUUUUGCUUACAUGUUUAGACAAAUAUCAACGUAUUUUGUCCUUGGUACAUUAUGUUUUAUGUGGCAGAACUGCUUAUU